AUGGGACCUGGUGCUGCGGGGCUGUUGCUUUGGUCCCUGCUAACCUCUGGACUUUCACAAAGCUGCGAUGAAUCUCCAGAGGUGGGCUUACUACAGCAAAGUCGAGGGUUGUCGCCUUUGGACUUGGCACGUGCGAAGAAGGUGGUGCCCGGACCGAAGUUCCUGGCGGCCCAUACAGGAGAAUCGAAUGAGCUCCUGAACAAGCACUUGUUGCGCAUCAGCUACGGAAAGGCCAAACCCUGUGAGGAAUUCUCCGAUGCUGAGCUGGAUAAUGUACUGAAAAUCAUUUCCGAGAAGGCGCACGAGGUGUUACAGCGGAUGCACGAACAGAAUCAGCACCCCACGCGUGGUGCCGAUUGGCAAGAUCCACGGGGGGACUUGAAAGGAGGAGCAUUCCUUCAUCCGGACGCGAAGUCCAAGGGUGUUCCUGCCAAUCUUUUGGCGAUAGCACAGUCGGAGAAGAAGUGCUAUGACGCGGCCAUGGCCUUCACGCACAGCGUGAGCGAUCACGACAAGAAGGAGAUCGUGGCACGUCACAAGAUUCCUUUGCUACCCACCCGGUCAGCCCAGAAGACCAACUCCUUAUUGCAGGAAAAGGCUGCACCUGGAGUCUGCGCACGACCUCCAAAACCUAACGGUCUCCGGCCAUGGUUGAACCGUUCGGAACUGACUGGAACGGACCAAGCUGGAGCGAAGAUCUUUGCCACCAGUUGCGAGGAGUGCCACAGUGGUGGAGUGGAAGCCUUGCAAACCUUCGAGGAGAACGUCGAUCUCAUUGUGCACGGCAAAGGGUCCAUGCCGGGUUUCGAGAAGACCCUCACGAAGGACGAAGUGGCCGAGGUCUUAUGGAGGCCGCAGACAUUUGCAACUCUGCGCAGCGCAAAGAACGCUGCCCUGCCUCGACGCCAUCUUUUGGGCGCCAUCAUCUUGAGUCCUGCUGUGGGCGUGCCUGCCAACGCCGCUCCAACGCCGCUGCCAGUGGCAGGAUCACCCAAGCCAAUGCCGCCGAUUGGCUAUGGCACUUGCUGCCGUCCUGGUGCCAAGGGGGAAGAGUUGGUGGAAGGUGUCAAAGCCUAUCUUGCCGCUGGGGGUAGGCUGAUUGACACGGCACAGAUUUAUGGCAAUCACGAGGAUAUUGCUGAGGCGAUUCGCCAGAGUGGUGUGAAGCGUGAGGAGCUGUGGAUUACCUCCAAAGUACGAGUGCAGAGCUGCAACACUCCAGAGGAUGUUUUGAAGGCUGUGGACACAACCUUGCGACAGCUGGACACCAAGUAUGUGGACUUGAUGCUUCUGCACGGGGGGCGAUGGCUGGGGCAUCCUUCCUGA